UUUGGCACGCUUUCCUUUGUCUCCUUUGCAAUCGCUUGCCACAGUAUGCAGAUUCGAAGACCGAUUCCCCAUGUGCGCUGCGAGAAAAGGACGACAAUGGCGGCUUCAAGUUCGUCAGCAAUGCUUUCCAGAUUGACCCUGCUCCUUCAAACAUUGAUUAUUUGAAGAAGGCGAUCAAGACCGAAAAUGCAGCCACAGUCCAAUGCGACGCCUUCCAAAUCGAAAUAUUUAGCCAACAGGAGGAGCCGUGGUGCCAACAGGAGGAGCCGUGGUGCCAGCAACUCGUUUUGCUAGUUGCAGUAGCUUCAAUGACCUACCAGUUCGUGUUUAGUCAGCUCUUUUUUAGUUUGAAUGCCUUCUCCGCAGGGUGGCGACUGGAGCAAAGAAGACGAAGAAGCUUCAAUUAAACGCGGUGUCUCCAAGUUGGACUGCUAUGGUUACCUCAUUCCAUAGAGGCUCUUUCUGACCCGACUGUGAGCAUUGGACGGUUUCAUUCUAUGUAUCAAAUUGCGACUUUCUUUUGCUCCGUGCAUGUGCGUCUUCU